CAGACGAAGUUUUGGAUUUUGACAUCCAGCACGAACUUUAUGUCCAAUAAUUUGACAAUUUAUCCUCACGCCUGACCGUCAUCAUCCUCCGCGCUCAAAGGCUCAGUCACAAUUGCUUCGACUCAUGUCUUUUUCUUUUCUUGCUCGGUGCUGUGAGACAGCAAGAAGCCCAUUCUCUUUACUUGGUUCUGUGCGUACUGCCACCAAACGUGCUGGAGGGACGGUUCGAAACCAUGGAGGAUCGCCGGGUAAGCGUCUGGGUCUCAAAAAGUUCUCUGACCAGCACGUCAUUCCUGGAAACAUCAUAGUACGCCAACGGGGAACGCAAUUCCACCCUGGGCAGAAUGUCAAAAUUGGUCGCGACCAUACUAUUUAUGCCACUACCCCGGGCUUCGUGCGAUUCUAUAAACAAAAGUGGCUACGAGGCGACCGGAAGUUUGUUGGGCUUCCGAGGGAUGAAACUGUGCUAGGUCGCAGUCGAUACUUUGGCCUCGUCGACUUGACUGCUUUCACUAAGAACACCCCAUCAUCACAAACCAGCGCAUGAGUGGGCCAUUAUCGCAUUUCUACGUUGGUGCAUUGUGUAGCGAAUGCGUUGAUUGGCGACAGUACGCAGUACUACGCACAUUGCUUUCAAAUAGCACAUGAUAUUAUUUUUAGCGCAUCUUUUAUAUAUAGAUCUCAUUGCAAUUCCGUCGUC